CAGAGCAACCACGGCCGCUGCAGGGCCCCCGGGCCCCCCGUCCUCCGUCUCUCCAGCCAUCCCUCUGAGGCAACGCUUGCCCAUCCCCUGUGCUGCCAGCGGGUCCCCAGGAGCCAUCACCCCGACCAUGUAGAUGCCAGCUCCAGGGAGCAGCAUGGGCCCCGCUGAAUGGAGACUCCUGGGUCUACAGCCCUGAGCCCCUCCGGCCCCUGGACCUUGCCCCACGCCCGGGGACGCCCCUCAGAGCCCACCGCCACUGUCGCCAGCCCACCUCGGCUGCCCCCUGGAGUCAGCUGCCAGGAGCCACAGCCGUCCAGUGAGGGUGUGCUGAGGACAGCCACACGGAGCCGUCGCCUGGCAGCCUCCUGUCCAGCACUGACCCUCGGACCCACCCCGAGCGGGGACUGCGGCAGACAUGGGUGACAUGACCAACAGUGACUUUUACUCCAAAAACCAAAGAAAUGAGUCGAGCCAUGGGGGCGAGUUUGGGUGCACGAUGGAGGAGCUGCGCUCCCUCAUGGAGCUGCGGGGCACCGAGGCCGUGGUCAAGAUCAAGGAGACCUACGGGGACACUGACACCAUCUGCCGGCGCCUCAAAACCUCACCUGUCGAAGGUUUGCCGGGUACCGCUCCAGACCUGGAAAAGAGAAAGCAGAUUUUUGGGCAAAACUUUAUACCUCCAAAGAAGCCAAAAACCUUCCUGCAGCUCGUUUGGGAGGCACUGCAAGACGUGACGCUGAUCAUCCUGGAGAUUGCGGCCAUCAUCUCCCUGGGGCUAUCCUUCUACCACCCGCCCGGUGAAAACAACGAAGGAUGUGCAACGGCCCAGGCGGGGGCAGAAGAUGAAGGGGAGGCGGAGGCGGGCUGGAUCGAGGGGGCCGCCAUCCUCCUCUCGGUCAUCUGCGUGGUCCUGGUCACGGCCUUCAAUGACUGGAGCAAAGAGAAACAGUUCCGGGGCCUGCAGAGCCGCAUUGAACAGGAGCAGAAGUUCACCGUGGUCCGGGCUGGCCAGGUGGUCCAGAUCCCUGUGGCUGAGAUCGUGGUUGGGGAUAUCGCCCAGGUCAAAUAUGGCGACCUCCUCCCUGCAGAUGGCCUCUUCAUCCAGGGCAAUGACCUCAAGAUCGAUGAAAGCUCCCUGACAGGGGAGUCUGACCAGGUGCGCAAGUCUGUGGACAAGGACCCCAUGCUGCUGUCAGGGACUCAUGUGAUGGAGGGCUCUGGACGGAUGGUGGUGACCGCCGUGGGUGUGAACUCUCAGACCGGCAUCAUCUUUACCCUGCUGGGGGCCGGCGGUGAGGAGGAAGAGAAGAAGGACAAGAAAGGUGUGAAGAAGGGGGAUGGCCUUCAGCUACCAGCGGCCGAUGGUGCGGCAGGUUCAAAUGCUGCAGAUAGUGCAAAUACCAGCCUAGUCAAUGGUAAAAUGCAGGAUGGCAAUGUGGACGCCAGCCAGAGCAAAGCCAAACAGCAGGACGGGGCGGCCGCCAUGGAGAUGCAGCCCCUCAAGAGUGCCGAGGGCGGCGACACUGACGACAAGAAGAAGGCCAGCAUGCACAAGAAGGAGAAGUCGGUGCUGCAGGGCAAGCUCACCAAGCUGGCUGUGCAGAUCGGCAAGGCGGGUCUGGUGAUGUCAGCCAUCACGGUGAUCAUCCUGGUGCUCUACUUCACCGUGGACACCUUCGUGGUCAACCAGAAGCCAUGGCUGCCCGAGUGCACGCCCGUCUAUGUGCAGUACUUCGUCAAGUUCUUCAUCAUUGGUGUGACAGUGCUGGUGGUCGCCGUGCCCGAGGGGCUCCCUCUGGCUGUCACCAUCUCACUGGCCUACUCGGUGAAGAAAAUGAUGAAGGACAACAACCUGGUCCGCCACCUGGACGCCUGUGAGACCAUGGGCAAUGCCACGGCCAUCUGCUCGGACAAGACGGGCACACUCACCACCAAUCGCAUGACGGUGGUGCAGGUUUACGUGGGCGACGUCCAUUACAAGGAGGUCCCCGACCCCAGCUCCAUCAACGCCAAAACCAUGGAGCUGCUGGUCAACGCCAUUGCCAUCAACAGCGCCUACACCACCAAGAUUCUGCCCCCGGAUAAGGAGGGCGCCCUGCCCAAGCAGGUGGGCAACAAAACAGAGUGCGGCCUGCUGGGCUUCGUGCUGGACCUGAAGCAGGACUACGAGUCUGUGCGCAGCCAGAUGCCGGAGGAGAAGCUGUACAAGGUCUACACCUUCAACUCCGUGCGCAAGUCCAUGAGCACCGUAAUCAAGCUGCCCGACGAGAGCUUCCGCAUGUACAGCAAGGGCGCUUCGGAGAUCGUGCUCAAGAAGUGCUGCAAAAUCCUCAACGGGGCGGGUGAGCCCCGGGUCUUCCGGCCCCGCGACCGGGACGAGAUGGUGAAGAAGGUGAUUGAGCCCAUGGCCUGCGACGGGCUCCGCACCAUCUGCGUGGCUUACCGCGACUUACCCGGCAGCCCCGAGCCCGACUGGGACAACGAGAAUGACAUCCUCAACGACCUCACCUGUAUCUGCGUGGUGGGCAUCGAGGACCCCGUGCGGCCCGAGGUCCCGGAAGCCAUCCGCAAGUGCCAGCGAGCAGGCAUCACUGUCCGCAUGGUCACCGGUGACAACAUCAACACAGCCCGGGCCAUCGCCAUCAAGUGUGGCAUCAUCCAUCCUGGGGAGGACUUCCUGUGCCUUGAGGGCAAGGAGUUCAACCGGAGAAUCCGCAACGAGAAAGGGGAGAUUGAGCAGGAACGAAUCGACAAGAUCUGGCCAAAGCUGCGGGUGCUGGCUCGCUCCUCCCCCACGGACAAGCAUACCCUGGUCAAAGGCAUCAUCGACAGCACACACACGGAGCAGCGGCAGGUGGUGGCCGUGACGGGGGACGGCACCAAUGAUGGGCCCGCGCUCAAGAAGGCCGAUGUGGGCUUCGCCAUGGGCAUCGCAGGCACGGAUGUGGCCAAGGAGGCCUCGGACAUCAUCCUAACGGACGACAACUUCAGCAGCAUCGUCAAGGCAGUGAUGUGGGGCCGCAAUGUCUACGACAGCAUCUCCAAAUUCCUGCAGUUCCAGCUGACGGUCAACGUGGUGGCCGUGAUCGUGGCCUUCACGGGCGCCUGCAUCACGCAGGACUCCCCUCUGAAGGCCGUGCAGAUGCUCUGGGUGAACCUCAUCAUGGACACGUUCGCCUCGCUGGCGCUGGCCACCGAGCCACCCACGGAGACCCUGCUUCUGAGGAAGCCAUACGGCCGCAACAAGCCCCUCAUCUCGCGGACCAUGAUGAAGAACAUCCUGGGCCACGCCGUCUACCAGCUAACCCUCAUCUUCACCCUGCUCUUUGUUGGCGAGAAGAUGUUCCAGAUCGACAGCGGGAGGAACGCGCCCCUGCACUCGCCGCCCUCCGAGCACUACACCAUCAUCUUCAACACCUUCGUCAUGAUGCAGCUCUUCAAUGAGAUCAACGCCCGCAAGAUCCACGGCGAGCGCAACGUCUUCGACGGCAUCUUCCGGAACCCCAUCUUCUGCACCAUCGUGCUGGGCACCUUCGCCAUCCAGAUAGUGAUUGUGCAGUUUGGCGGGAAGCCGUUCAGCUGCUCUCCGCUGCAGCUGGACCAGUGGUUGUGGUGCAUAUUCAUCGGGUUAGGAGAGCUUGUCUGGGGCCAGGUCAUCGCCACCAUCCCGACCAGCCGGCUCAAGUUCCUCAAGGAGGCGGGCAGGCUCACGCAGAAGGAGGAGAUCCCGGAGGAGGAGCUGAACGAGGACGUGGAGGAGAUAGACCACGCCGAGCGAGAGCUGCGGCGGGGCCAGAUCUUGUGGUUCCGAGGCCUGAACCGGAUCCAGACCCAGAUCCGCGUCGUGAAGGCGUUCCGUAGCUCUCUCUAUGAAGGUCUAGAAAAGCCUGAGUCUCGAACCUCCAUCCAUAAUUUCAUGGCUCAUCCUGAAUUCCGGGUCGAAGAUUCACAGCCCCACAUUCCCCUCAUCGACGACACCGACCUGGAAGAAGAUGCCGCGCUCAAGCAGAACUCGAGCCCGCCGUCCUCGCUCAACAAGAACAACAGCGCCAUCGACAGCGGGAUCAACCUGACGACCGACACAAGCAAAUCAGCUACCUCUUCAAGUCCAGGGAGCCCCAUCCACAGCCUGGAGACGUCGCUUUAGCUGAGGACCCCGCCACCACCCACCUCCCGGGCACCCACCCGUCCAGGCACCCGACUCACCCAAGCAGCAGCGAGCCACAGCAGGAAACCAAAUACUGGCGAGAAAACCGUUUCCACCCAACAGACCCUUUUUCUGGCUGCGAUGCUGUUUGAACUCUUUUUCACUUCGAGGCGAGGGCGGGAUCUCCUCCGGGGGCUUAAGGGAGUGAGCGGUUUUUCCCAGAACUAGCCCUUCCUGGCUCCCACCCGACAUGGACCAGCCAUGCACCCGCCCGGCGCCAUGUCCCCUGCAUGAAUGUACUGUACACUUCCGGUCCUCCCCUUGUUUGGUUUUUGGGGGGUUGGGGAGGGGGUUUUUUUGUUUGUUUGUUUGUUUUCUUAGGCGGGAACUGCAGACAGACUCUUUUCUGAGACUAUUUAUCCAAUCCACUGGUCUGUGAGUUUUUGAAAUGCUUGCGCAGCAUGGUCUCAGUUGUAUAGGUUAAUUUAACAACUUUUUGAAAUUGCAGAGCUUAACUCGCCUAGUAAAUUUGCACCAAUGGAACCGAAGAACUUCAGACACUCACAAGGUUAUAUCCAUUUCUUUGUAUCUAUAUCAACGUAUACUUCCCCAAGACUGUAUACGUCCAUAUAGAUAGGUAGAUAUAUAUGUGUCUAUAUGUAUAUAUAUAUAUAUAUAUAUAUAUACACACAUGGAUAUAUAAAGUUUCUUUGCCGGCAUGUUGCCUUGUUUCUGCUUAAAUUGCUCUAUUUUAACUUAUUUAUGUCCUAAAAGAAGAAUGUAAUUUGUUUACAAACCUGUAGAUAACGUCUUCGGCUAUUUGUACGGUUUAAGAACACUGGUGGCUGAGAUGCUAUAAAGACAGCUCAGCCUGAUAGACACCUCCCUGGAUUGCAUCCUUGAUGUUUUACGAUAGCCAUGCUCCGAUUUUUGCCUGCUACUUCCGUUCAAUUAUGUGACUACCGAGGGAGGCUCAGGCAGAAGCCAAAUGUUAGCGAGUAUCCAUCCCGAGGGGUCCCACAGCGUGCUCCGUAGACAAAGGGGGAGGAGGAGAGAAGUCUUCCUGCGCUCAAAGCACUGAUGGCCAGCCCGGCCCCAGGGUGACGGGGUUGGCAAAGCACUGGGUGAAGACUUUUCUCUCAAUGAAACUCACUUGAGUUUACUAAGAGCAUUUCAAAUAGAGAUUCUCUCUGGCGCUGUCUGUACAGAGACUGAGGUAGUUUUGCAAUAUUAUAAACGCUAUUGUGUUGAUUUUUUUUUCAGUUAGUAAUUUCGAGGCUUGUUUCCUUACGAACUGCAGCAGAUGAGCUGUUGGCCUAUUGGAUGAGGAUCAUUAUGGUUUGCUGCUCUUAUUUUUAUUUUUGAAGAAGAACAGCCUUUUUCUCUGCACUAUUUAGAUCCGAACGAACCUUAUGACGUGUAUAUUGAGAUGUAUUCAGUGUGAUUUUUUUAAACCAAAUUGUCUUCCUGUAGUCGCAAUAUAUACUGUAGCCUUUGAACAGCAAGUCUUGCUUUCCCAGACAGAAAGCCAUUCUGAAACCCUACAGUAUCACAGGUGAGAAAAGGUGGUUAUUUUUUCCCUGAGACAAUAACAGCACUAGUAAUCCCACUUAAUAAGAGCUUAUUUAAUUGUAUGUCAGCCUCUUAACUGCUAAGCACUUUGUGGGUAUCAGCUUUUUUCAUAAAAGAACUUUUGUAUUUAAUACAAAGUUUGCUUUGAGACUUUUCAGCAUACGAUCUUUUUCCAUAAACUUGUACAGUGCAAAAGACAUUUUGAAUACCAUGAUCGAUGAUGUCCCAUGCUUCAAGGAAAACCAAACGCUUCUGCCUCGCUUGCAAAAUGCAUUCUUCACACUGACCCUUCCCACAGUUGCUCUGUGUCUACCCGGGCCCUUCCCUUCUCCAGGCCCAGAGAAUUCUUCCACAAACAAGAUGAGAGCCACUCGGGAAAAGAGCCAUAGUCAGCUGGGAGGGCCUGCAUCUGGAUGGCUGUGGAGAAACCCGAGGGUUUAGGACCCCAAGUCAGCCCAUCCCACCUGGCAACACCUUCCUGGAAGGAGGACCUUCUUUGCGCAAGAGCAUCUCCUGAAUGUCGUGAAGAAAUAUCUCUGAAUGUACCCAGCAGAGGAAACUGCAUCCCCCGAGGGGUGACCACCCUCAGAUAUGCUUAUGGGAUUCCAAGACCAAUACCGCCCACUGUUCUCCUCAGAGAAAGGAAAGACCCGCUCCUGUAAAACCUGGGGCAGCUUUGGAACAUGGUGUUUUUUGUAGUUUCCUUUUUCAAGGUUCUCCAUCUCCCGCUUUGUUCCAACCUUGUGUCCGUGACCUCAUUCCAUGACACCAGGAAAGCCCCGCUUGCACACCACGCUCCCUGCUCAUUCGGAGCCAGGACGCAAGGGAAGCAGGAGGGGGUCUCCCCUAGUGGGACCCAGCCCAGGGGAGAGGGAGCCAUGGAAGCUACCGAGAAUGCCCCACGUCAGUGUUGGUCUUUUCUUGUCAGGAAUGAUGGUUGCUCACACACACACACACACACACACACACACACCCUCGCCCUCACACUUGCACACACACAUCCACACACACAGGAAAUGAUUGGUUUGUCAGAACUCCCUGUAGUACAUAGAGCUUGCACUCGGCGUCCUAUAUCUAGCAGCAUGGGGUACGUUUGGCAGUUCACCCCAUUAGGGGGUAAAUAAUUUAUGACCAUUCAUCUGUUUUUAUGAAUUUUUUUAUCUAGACAAUAACUGUAAAUAAAGAACUCACCAUCUCUGUUCAUUUAAUACUAUGCAA